UUUGCUAAAUUUUACGCCGUGGUUUACCUAUGAAAUUGCAAAACAUAAACUUCACCUCUUACUGUAUACUAUGGACUGCUUAGCUCAGCCAAUUCAAGCUCAUGCCAGAGUUUGAAUUCGCAAAACUCAGAGACCAGAGAUAGACUUCACAACCUCGAUUGGUGCAACAAUGGAGGAGAUAUCCAAUUUUCCAUUAAACCCAGAGCCCGCAGAAGAAGAAACCCCGCAGUCUCAGAUGCAGGAAUCUACUCCCGACCGUAAAUCCAUGCGAACAACCAAACCCGGCAUCAAGCGCCUCAUCCUCAGCCUCACAGUGCUCUUCUCAUUCAUUAUAGGUUUCCCGUUCCUCUGGAAAUCCAUCGAAAUCUACCGCGCUCCACUCCCCUUUGACCGAAUCGAGUCCUUCUCCUCGCAAUUGGAGUCCGAUCCCUUACACUUCCCCUGCCGAUUCCAAGCCAUAUUCGUCGGCUUUGACUUCUCCGCUUCUCGUGGCCUUGGUCCAAACGACGUCGCAGCAGCAAUUACCCACAAGAUGUCCCAACUGAACCCUAACUCCUUGCGAUGCGGCAAUUGCGGCGGCGGUGACUACGACGUCUCUGUGGUCAUCGAUUCAGGCUCCAGUUGCGCGCAGACGGAGGGUUCGGAAGCUCGGUGUCCGUUGAAGUGUGGUGAAGUUGUUUUUGGCGGGAAGUUGAGUGACGAAGAUUUUGAUGAGAUGCUGAAGCGUUGUUUGGGGAAUGUAGACGGUGGAGGGAAGGGCUAUAGUGUUGUGGUUUUUAAUGGGGACAAGGAGGAAGGGGAAGUGAGGGCUGUGGUGGGUAAGUACCGGCAUGCGUGGGUACUCGGCCACGUUUCGGAGGAUGAGGCGGUUUCAAGGACAGCUGAGAUCUUUGCCAGGGUGUUUAUGAAUGGCGGGAAUGAAGGGAAUUCGAUUCGCAGUGAGUUCAUGCCGGUUGGUGCUGAUGGCAGGAUUGUUCUUUCCUUCAGUUUGCUCAAUGCAGAGCCACAAGAUUGGAUAUAUGAUUGGAGUUUUCAUGAAAUUGACAAGACUCUGUUGCAACCUGUGAUCCAAGCUUUGCAACCUAUAGCAAACAUAACGGUUGAAAGCCAGGUUUUAUACUACACGCCAAAGUCUUCCUUUUCGUACUGGGAUGAUAUACAUGGAAGCCACAUAUUCAGUACCAAGGAUCUUCCUUUCUUUCUUAAUUCAAAUGAGUGGCAUCUAGAUACUUCAGUUGCAGCAGGAGGGAGAUCUAAAGUAUUGCAACUUGUGGUGUAUAUACCAUCUGCAAAGGAAUGUCCUCUGCAAUUGGAGCUUCCAAAUGGAGAUCUCUCUAAGACUAAUGGCUUUAUAUCUCCUAUGUGGGGUGGUGUUGUUGUAUGGAAUCCCGAAAGUUGUGUAAAGGAUUUGGAGAGUAAAGAUCCAGACAGACGUGUGAUUUCACCCCAGAAUCUCCAGAAGCUUUUUGAAGUUCUAAUGGGGCAGUUGCGGCAACUCCUUGGUCUCAAGUCUGAUAACCUAUAUGUUGGUCAAUCAGGGGCAUACAUCCUCCUAGGGAGUGAAAGAGGUUUUACAGAAUGGGAGUUGGAUGUUUUGUCAGGGAAGCAUGUAUGCUUUAAUUUACAUUCAUGUGCGACGACACUUGGAUCUCUUUCCAGAUUGGUUCAAUCAUUGCCAAGAAUGAUUAUCAUUGAUGAAAUUGGAAAACAGGUGAAGUUUUCUCUGGAAGCUGCAAAGUUUGCUCAAAGUUAUGCAUCUACUGGAAUUUAUAAUGCAUCUGCUGUAUCAUCAAGGCAAGCAAGAUCUCUGGUGGAGAAUGCCUUUUUCCAUCCUUCAAUUAUGUCUAUCAGCUACUAUUCGUUUGAGCAUUGUUUUGCCAUCUAUUCGCCAUUUUUUCUUCCGGUUACAAUGCAUGUCAUCCUAGCUGCUUUGAGAGAAUGGAAAAGAUACAAGCAAGAAAAUAGGAAGUACUUGGCAUGGAAAGCCAAAGAAAGAAUUGUAUCUUAAUUCGCAUUACAAGAGAUCACAUUCGACAGUGCAAUGUAGCUAGUUUUCAAGGUACUAAGAACUCCAAUAUAUGAUUAAGCAGUGCAACCCAGCAAAACUCUUCUUUCUCUGCCUCCAAAAUCUGCUUCCUUUCUCUUGUCUUCCUAAAGAUUUAUAAUCUUGACAUCGGAGAGCUAUUUGAUGUAAUUGGGGCAAGGCAACAUGAACAGAGGGUCCGAGGAUCGUGGUUGUACGCUUGUACCAUGGGUAAGAAAUUAAGGGGAAAAAGAUACGCAUCACAGAAUGAGUUAGUGAAUUUGGGCAAGUAUGCAUGCAAUUUCUUCAUUCUGUGAACAAAAAGUGAUGCCAUUGGCUAGAUUUUGUUAUAUUGUGCUUGUCAAUAAACCUGAUUAAUAUAUAUUUUGACGUUCUCAA